UUUCUGUGGUGCGUCUGUAAUUUAAUUUUGUGUUGUGUUACAUUUAGCUUUACAGUUUGUAGAAAUUAUGGAAACGAAAAGACCACUGGCGGAACCCAAUUCCGCUAGGGAAUUGCAAGAUGACGUACCAAGCGACAAUCCAGAAGGCUACUGCCGACUGUGCUUCUCGGAACAGAACGUCGUUGCUUUGUUCACCUCGGAUGGCAAUUACGUCCGUGAAUUGAUCGAGAAAAUUCACUAUUGCGCCGGUGUACAAAUUACAGUUCGCGAUGACUUCCCCUCAGGAAUCUGUACCGCUUGCGUGGCAUUCAUGGAUGAGAUCUGUCAAUUUCAGAAGCGAAGCAAACAUUGCGAUGAAAUUUUACGAGCAAAGCGAAACUUACUGGAAGAAAUUCAAGUCAAGGUAGAACUGAGAGAGGACGACAGUGUGGCUGGAGCUUCUCGUUUUACCGCAGCGGAGUCAUCCGCUCCUCAGGAUGAUCGAGAGGAGUUUACGGGAGGAGAUUGCCUUUCGGAAAGCAGUAUUAUAGCGGAUGCCAUAACAAGCCUAAAUGGGAUAGGAGAAUUGAUGGGAACAUUUCAAGGUGGAUUGGAUCAGCAGGUUUUCCCGAAAAUGGAACCUUCCAUAGCGGCAAACGCUAACAAAGAGCAUCGCUGUAUGGUGUGUGGUCAAACUUUUCCUGACCGGGAAUCUUGGAUGAUACACUUGGGAGAUCACGUAGAGGAGCGUCCCUAUCAGUGUCUCGAGUGCUUGGCACAAUUUCGUGAAAAACGAUCAUUAGCCCGACAUAUGAAGGCAGUGCAUGAAGAAAUCCGUGACCGUAAGUGUCCAUAUUGCCCGAAAUCAUUCAAGUAUAGCCACCAUUUAAGAUACCACAUUCGUACACACACGGGCGAGCGUCCGUACGUUUGUGAACUGUGCAACGACAGUUUUUCGCAGCACAUCCAAUGGAAACGACAUCAAGCGAAGCACCAGCGGCAACCGGACCAGAUUGCAUUGAUGCAAUCGGCUGGCGGUGGCAGCGGCACGGGUGGAAUUAUUACGGAAGACUCGUCCAUCAAGUGCGAAUUCUGUCCGCGAGUAUUUUCCAGGCUGCAGGACUAUCGACGGCAUGCGCCCAGCCACAAUGCGGAAAACCUGAAUCUGGACAGUUUGGCCGAACACCAGCUGGUUACGCUGCAAACGAUGCAUCAGCGCUAAAUAUUCUACCAUCAAUUUUAAUGGCUUAAUAUCGAAUAAACAUGAAAUCAA